AUGGAACUACUAACUGAAAUUCGAAAUAAUAUUGUAACUUGGAACAGUGAACAUCGUUUUCAUUGCAAAUUCAAAAGCAAUGCUGAGACUUCUAUUUUAGAUCCAAACAUUCUUAAAGUGUCUAUCCGCAUGGAAACAAAGGGUGGAAAAUCAUUUCAUAAAGUUGGUUUUGUCAGUAUCAACUUAUCAUGUUUCGCUGCUGUUGGAAAUGUAAUUAACCGUCGUAGAUACAUUUUAGAAGGUUAUGAUGAGAAACGUAAGCGUCAGGACAAUUCUCUGUUAUCAAUUUCAUUCUGUCUGCGACAGUUGACUGGAGAUAACUGUUUUCGAACACCGAAAGAGGAUUUAAGUAACUGUUUAAUCGAACCGCCAGAUUUUAUUGAAUUACCAGAAACUGAUUCUGAAACAAGAGAAUAUUCUAUGACAGACUGUUCACUUAUGAAUAGUGUACAUAAUACAACAACUACUACUAAUAUUAAUAACAAUUCAGUUACAAAUCAAAAUUCAAAUGAUUCAAAUAUUUUAAAACCUGUAGAUAAUUCAACAAGUAAAUUAACUAAUAAUCCGUUAGAUAUAUUACAUUCAUUAAAUUUGAAUACAGUACCAUCCUCUUGUGUAUUAUCUACAUCACCUUCCUCAUCAUCAUCAUUACCGACAGAAACAGUAUCAUCAACAACUCCAGCACCAUUACCAUCAAUUGCUGAUAGAUCGUCGGAAAAAAUUAACUAUUCUACCUCAUUUAGUCAUUUAAAAAUGCCUUCGUGGGAUAAUUCAUCUGUAUAUCCUGCUGGGUCAAGUAGCUGUGUUUCAAAGUCAUCAAUUUGUGAAAAUGAGUUGACUUCUUCACAAACAAAUGUAAACCAAUCAUCAAAUGCUUUUAAACAGGCAGAUCAAUCACAGUCAUUUUAUUGUGACAUAUCUGAUUCAAGCUCUGUGACACCUAUUUCAAAUUCCACAUCAUCCACUCCAUGUUCAAUGUCGAAAGGGAGCUUAUUGCUUCGAUCCCCUCUUACUCUCCCAUUAGAUAAAUCAAUCCCAUCAGGACGUGUAAACCCGCAACAACAGAAUUUGAUUAUAGAUGCAUCUGCUGUUGUUGUGUUAGACAAACAACUGUCUAAUGUUACACAUGAUAAACCUCGUUUCGGUCAGAAUGUUACAUUUAAUAUACUUAAUCCAGAUAAUGUAACUUGUUAUUCUUUACCAAAUCGGCAUCAUUUACCUAAUUUAUGUAUGACCACUGAUACUCCCUCAGAUGAAAACAGACAAAACGCUAAUAUUAUUGGAACUGAUCCUAGUGUUAAGUAUUGUAAUUAUGGUAAAAAGUCUUAUGAUUAUUUUGCUACAGAUAGUGUUCUUUUAGUACGAUCAUCUAGACGACGUAGAAUUAGACCUGAUUUACAAGUGUUACCGUCAAUGAACACUGAUUUAAAAAAUACCGAUCCUUCCUCUCCUAAUUCCACUUCAGCCACUGCUGAUCCGUCUACUUCUAAAUCGAAUCCAUCAGAUUGUUUGAGGCCUGAAAAUGACUCCUCACUAUCGUCAAUUUCUUCAUCUACAGCUACUGCGUCUACGGCAACAGUCGGUGUAUCACAAAUAAUGUCUAAGAGUGGUAUACCAAUGGAUUAUUAUUAUUCAUCAGGCUAUCAGUCACACUCGAGACAAUCAAGUCUUGAAUCACAACCUGUUGGUUCUAACUCAGUAACUGUUGGUAUUAUCUAUUUACAAUUAAAAUGA